AUUGAUAAUCUGACGUGAGACAUAUUUUGACAAAUUACAACGCGUACAACCUAUAAAAUAUAAAAAACACAGUUUACAUAUUAAAUAAUAAUGUUUUUCUUAUAUUUAUUGAGUAUUGUAUCGUUUGUUAUACAAGCCGUAUUUAUAACUCUAGCAAUAGCUGCUGGAUUAUUCUAUCUCGCAGAAUUAGUUGAAGAGUACACGGUUACAGCAAAAUAUAUAAUAUCAUGGACAAUUAUUGCGACAGCAGCGAUUCACAUAGGUCUAAUAAUAUUCGAGGAUAUACCUCUAUACUUUAACGCAUUGGGACUUUUUCAACAAUUGCUACAUGGGCUUCUAUUGAGAGAUUUUCCAGUCGUCAGAGUGACCAGUCUGCCGUUUAUCACAGGCGUCGCUAGCUUAAUUCUCCACCACUACCUAGCUUUUAAGUAUUUCGGAGAGGUGUAUUACGGUUUCUCGGAGGUUUUGGCGUACUUCACUCUAUGCCUAUGGGUGGUGCCAUUCGCCCUGUUCGUGUCGCUGUCAGCAAACGACAACGUACUACCCACGACCGGGGAAAGGGUACAUUUACUUGAUGACGAUAACGUUGUGACAGAUUAUUUAUCAAGAAAAUCAAAGAAGUACAGCCUGCUCUCCUUCUUCAGCUUUGCAAAGGAAUCUAUAUUACCGCAGAGGAAUAAAAAGGCUUUCUGAAUGUCUUAAUAGUAUAUAUAUAUGUGUGUGUAAAUAUUAUGGUACAAGUGAGGCUUGGAGUAUUUAAAUUAUAGAUAAGUGCUAGCUGUUCACUUAGGUUGACACUAGGUGGCGCUGAAUUUAUGACAUUUUUGUACCAAUAGAUGGCAGUGAUGUGAGUUUGGGAAUAAUCUCUGGUCUUAACGUCGUAGAGCGAAGACGUUGCACGAUAAAAUAAUUUAAAUUUCUUGCUUUCGAUCUAAUCUUUUGUUGAACUUGUAUAAUAUAUGACUUUGUCAAAUACUCAAAAUAUAAGCGCUAAGGACAGUCCCUGUGACCGAAUGUGAGUUUUUUUUUCUCCUAAUUUUUUUCUACGAAUAUUAGAACCAGAAAAGUGCCUUUUCGUCUGCGUGUAUUUCAUCAGGGAAGCAAAUAAAAUUUUAGUGUGGAGAGUGUCAUAGCGCACAUGUGGAAGUGAUGUUAAAUUUUUUGUCAGUAGCGUUUCAAUAUAUUGUCUAGUCAUAUAAGAUGUAUAUAGUUUUUUUUUUAAUUAUUUAUUUUUAAUUAGCUCAAAGUCGUGAUUUAGUGACUUGACACGAUACACGAGAAAAUAAAAUACUCUGUACAGUCAUUUGUAAGUGAUCAAUAAAUUUUUGAAAUAAAAAAUUUUCUUUA